UUAUGUUCAUGUAGGAAGCUGUGCUGCUAACCCAACAGAUUUUAUAUGGAAAUAUGGAGGUAAUAAUGUAUUUAUUUGUGGGUCAUGGAAUUAAUGGCAAACAUAUAUAAAAUUAAAUAGAUUGAAACAAAAUCCAUCUUGGAAACAUUGCAAUAUAAGCUUAUAAGCAGGAUAAUAUUAAUAUAAAUAUGUAGUUGAUGGGUAAUGGAGAUGUGAUUAUGAAUGUCAUGUGGUAUAUGAUACAAACGGAUUAUAAAAUAAUACGUUAGAAAUCGUUCCAAAAUAAAUAGUUCAUGAUGAAACUGAUGAAAGUGAAGAAGAUGAUUAAAAAAUUUCUAUUCAAGAUUAAAAAUAUUGGAAAAAUAUCAAAAUAUCAACACAAUUAAAAGCCAUAGAUAUAAAAUUAAUUGGAUCAUGGGAUAAUUGGUAAAAGGAAAUAGCAAUGGAAAAAGAAUAUAAUUUACACAGUAAAUAAUAUGAAAGCAUUGCAAAAGUAAAAUUAUAACCAGGCCGAUAUGAAUUUAAGUUUUUAUGUGAUGGUUAUUUUUAACAUGAUCCUGAAAAAAAAUAUAUAAAAAACGAAUUUGGAACAAAUAAUAAUAUAAUAUUUGUAGAAUAAAACACUGUAGAUUAUACAAAGUUUGCUUGGAAAACACAUCAAUUUUCACAUUCUUCAUGGGAAAAAGUUACAGGAUACAUAUAAGGUCAUUCAAUGAAUAAAGUAGGAAAUUAUAUUUAUAUAUUUGGAGGACAUAGAGGAAAAUAUUUAGAUACUAUGUGGUAAAUGGAUAUUAAUACAUUAGAAAUAGAAAUUGUAGAUGUUAAAGAUUUUGUACCGGAAGAAAGAGCUUAUCAUAAUGUGGUAACAUUUGGAAAUAAAUUAUUAGUAUAUGGAGGAUUAAAUAAUCAUAGAAUUUUAGAAGAUUAUUUAAAUUAUAAUACUUCAACUAAAUAAUGGAUUCCUAUAUAAUUAAGAGGAGAUUAACCACCUUAAAGAGAAAAAAACUCAAUGUCUAUAUUGGGAAAAAAAGCUCUAAUAAUGUUCGGGGGAUAUUAUUGUUCUUCAGAUUAUGAAGCAGAAUUUCAUUAUAAUGAUUUAUAUUCAUUUAAUUUAUAAAAUUUAUAAUGGUCUGAAAUAAAAUAUGAAUAAGAAAAUUUACCAGAAGGAAGGUUUUCUCAUAGUAGUGUUAUAAGAAAAUAAAAAUUAUAUAUAUUUGGAGGUAUGUAUAGAAAAAUGUCUUAACCAGCUAAAAAUUUUAAUGAUGUGUGGACUAUUGAUUUAUAAACAUUAAAUUAAUGCAAAUGGGUAAAUCUUACUGAAAAUAUUAAAGGAAUACCACCUGCUCCUAGACAUGGCCAUGUAUCUCUACUUAUAUAAAAUGAUAUGUUAGUUUUUGGAGGAAGAGGCGAACAUAAAUAAUUAUUUAAUGAUACUUUUGUAUUAAAUUUAAAGAAAAAAGAAUGGUUUUUCUUUAUCUAUUUAGUUUAAAUUUAAUUAUUUUUCAUUUAAAAUUAGGAUAAAACCUGA